AACAAGAGGCUUAAGUAUGGCUUAGAUCUCUAUUUGCUUAACAAUUAUUACAAAUGGUGAGCAAAGCGUCCUUACAAACAUUAUGUUAACAUACAUAGAUUAACUUGGUCCACACACAAAACUAUAGCUGGUAGUUAGCAUUAAUAUAUAAUGGUGAGCAUGUGUGAUCUGUGUUUAUAUUUCUCAAUAAGCCGGCCACCGUACUCUUCAGCUAAAUGCUUUAAAUUUUUAAUGGCGGAAAUCUUUGUAGUAUUUCGUUAUAACGUAUUGUUAUAUAUAAUGCAUGAAUGCAAUUUACGGUAUGAAAACCCGGAUUUACCGGGCCAUUUAAAGCAUAUACGUAAGCAAAUACACUGCAAAUCUUGGGAAAGUCGUAAUCAUUCAAUCUUUCAAUGAUGUUCGCCUCAGAAAGGUUUUGACUAGAUAAGUACCGUUGCUUAGUACCAACCCGGCCAUGUUUACUAGAUGCAUGCGAAGGAAGCGUUGCGUUUGUAGAAAGUAUAAGAAUCAGCGAAGAUGAAAUCAAUCAGAAUGGAUUUAAUACUGAAGCAAGUUCCUCCAACUCCGUCGAAUUGCUGUGGCAAAACAUAUGGAACUUUCACCUACCCAAGAGACCCACCGAAGAACGACAUUGCGGUAUAUAGAUCAGCUGCCAUAGACAACCUGUAUGGACGACGCCAUAAUGUCAUGAGCCACCAUAAGCAGGCAUUUGAGACUGUUGCUGUCGGACACGGAGUUGCGCACGAAAAUAUGAACAUGGACCACCGCAAAACACAGCACUUUGUUAGAGGAAAGAUGCCAGGAGGAUCAAAUGCCAAUACUAUGAUUUAUGGAGCAGAAUAUUCACCGAAAGAGACCACACGGCGUACUAGAAAGAGCGAAGAAGAUCAUGGAUUUUUGUAUGGUUCAAGCGCCGUGAGAAGAUUUGAAAGUAGAAAUCCAGCCAGACGUCUUAAUCAUGGCUUGCUGCUGGGUAACCUAACAGACGGACAACGCGUACGGCAUCGUAAACUUGCUGUUGAAGAAGAUAAUUAUUUAAGCAAGUUCUAUGAACGUAAGGCACAUCAACAAUCUCAAAUAGCAGAAGAAAAAAAGAAGGAUUUUGAAAUGCUCACAAGCUACAAUCCUUGGGGAAAACCUGGAGGCGGGGCUCCUAGAGGUUAUAAAAACAAUGAAGUAGUGGCUAAUGUGACGAAACAUGUGAAUAAUUUGAAACACGAAGAUGGAAAGCCUGGUGGUGGUGGUGGUGGUGGUGGUGGUGGUGGUGGUGGAGGUUCCCCAAAUAGAACUACGUCAGGGACUGUUGUGACAUCAUUAAAAAUGAAUCCUGAACUACGAUUUCAAGCUGCUCAAUUCAACGCCGAUAUUGACCCACGACUGCGAUACAAGCCGAACUAUUCCUAUGGUAAAGAAUUAGAUGCUCAAGUACACGAGUCACACAACAGACGAAUUUUAGAGAAGAAGAAAGAAAAGGAGGAAGAGAUCAAAAUGAUUGAAACUAAUCCCUUUGUUAACCCACGAGUCCAGCAUUUCCAAAGAACAGAUGCACCACAACCAACUUAUGACCCAUGGGGUAAGGGAUAUGGCGGGGUACCUGAACGGAAGGAAAACGGAAAAAUUAUGAGAAAUCGACAACAACUUAAUGACAAAUUCAGGAACGAGCAUUCAUGGGAUAGCACUAAUGGUGUAAACCAGAAAGAAAAUCUCAACCCAAAAAAGAAAAUAACUUUGGACAAGAGUACCAGUGGACAAAACUGUAUUCGUGAAGUUAGUCCCAAAGAUGGAGUUUACAAUCCCUGGGGAAAACCUGGAGCUGGUGCUCCCUUGAAAGACGAAAAAGGAAAAGUAAUGACCAACACAACUGGGAAAUUAGCCAGCGAUAACAUGGGAGGUUCUGCGCUUGUAAAGAAAGAUCCAGCGAGAAGGAAAGAAUACCUGAAGAGUUUAGAACAACAGCAUCAGGAGUCAGAAGCUUUACGUGAAGAGGAACGAACCAAUUAUUUAAAAUCCGACAAAACUGAUGUGGUAAAUUGGCUACGUCAAGGGAAGGUUGGCCGACCAAACUACGACUCCCAAACAAAGGAAAUCAAGGCUAACCCAAAGGCUACAUCCGAUGUCACUCGUGAGAAACUUCAAAUUCGACGAUUAAUUAACGACAACAGCAAAUACUAUUACGAUGAUUUGCAAGAAAUGGCGGACGAGAGAAAUAGAAGGAGACAAAUCGAGAGGGCAAAAGAGCGAGAAUUAUCAUUUGAUCACAUCAAAACAAUGAAUGAUGCCUGGGGGAGACCCGGUGGCGGGGCACCCAUAAUAAAGGACCAGAUUAUGUCACCAAGAAAACACUCAGCGGAACUCGUACCGACAGGGACAUCAGUCUUCAGAUGAGAAAUAAGCAUUCUAGUGAGAUUAUCAACGAACAUGUUUCAUUUUUUUACAAAAUAUAAAUACGGACUAGCUGAAACAGCAACAUGAUCAUCAACAUCAUAAUCUUCCGAUUUCGACGGAUGUUUUUAAUUCAUCAUCGGGAAAUAAAGAGGGUAAAUUUCGAGUCACACCAGAUCACACUCAGCGGUGGUGAUCCCUAACACGUGUGCAUCGCGGGACCUCGCUCAGCAUUCAGUGCAUGUAAACCUAAUCUAAUGCGGAAAUAACUAAAGAUAUCUUCUUCAAUUCCCUUAACCUUAUGUUUAUCCAUUUUCUACUUUUGGCAUCUCCCUUUAUUCACAUUUCCCUUUUCCCCAUUUUCUCCUUUAUUUUCCCGUUUUUUCACAUUUUCCAUCAAGUUUAUUGGACAAAGCAAGUUAGUUGUAGCAAAGUUCAAGCCUUCAUGGGGAUGAAUCAACACACAAACAAUAUCUUUCUUAAAU